GGAGGACGAAUGCCGCAGGGUCCAAGCAUCUUUCCGCGCCUCCCCCCGUCCCACGAGGUCUUCCGGCACGACUGGCACAGUGGUUAUUCGCCCAUGGAGAAGCCAGUGGAGCUGGCCUGCUUGGUCAGCGUGGCCAUGCCCAACCAGAACAGCCGCGUGCGCGACGCGCCCGUGGAUGUCAUAAAACCCAUGGACUACCUCGAGGUCUUGCGGAGCAAGUGGAGGGCGGCGCUCCACGCGGCCUGCGUGGCCAAAGCCUCCGACGUCGUGUGCCCGGACGCUGGCUGCGGGGUCUACCAGAACCAGCCGGAGGCCGUCGGGGCCGCGCUCGGGGCGGUCCUCCAGAGUGAGUACGAGGGCCACAUCGAGAACGUCUGGUUGUGUGGCUCAAGCGCCUUCGCAGCAGCCGUGCAGGCGGCGCUUUCGCCGGGCUCUCCCACGUGGCCGCUGCAGCUGGCUGGCGAGGACAGCGGCAAGGUCACGCCGCUCUCCGAGGGCAACCUCCGGCGCUGGCUCCGCAAGUCGUUCUACAGCGGCGGCGUGGAGUCGCGGUCGGGCCAUCCCACCAAGACCGCUGGCGUCGAAGUCGUCGGCAUGAAGGUCCACGACGCUGUCGUCGAGGUCUUCGAGGGCCUCGGCCAGGUCCACGGACGAGGAGACGUGGAGUCGCGCACGCCCAGCGCCAAGAGCGGGGCCGCCGCCGCCGCGCAGGGCCGCGAGGGCGCGCCCGCGGCCGGCGGGAGCCGGGCCCAGCCCUGCCGUGGGUGCCGCCCCAGUGGAGCAGCCCAGGAGGCGGCAGCAGGCCCCGGCGCGGCCCCGAACGCGCGCCGUGGCGGACACGAGCGCCGCCCGCGGCAUCGCGGCGGCGCCGGCCGCGCAGGCGCGCCGGCGCGCUGGCCGGGCUGACGGCCCAGGGGGCGGCGUGCGCCCUCCCCCGGAAGAUCCUGUCGUCGCGUCCAGCGUGGAGCCCCUCGGCCGGCAGGAGUCGGGCCCACCGAAGGAGAGCUGCUGCCCAGCUUCAACGAGAGGCCUGGGGCCGACUUCGCGUUCGGUCUCGCGGCGUUGGCCUGGCCGCUGCCGCCCGAGGACCCGAUGCGCGCGGAGAGCUGGCCGUGCACGCCGUCCCCAGCUGCAGUCGGCACGCCGGGCCAGGACGGCAGCUCAAGGAGACCGCGCCCGUGCCUGGUGGCGCUGUGACCCCUCCCCGGCCCCCGCAGCCCGGGCCGCGUCCCCUGCAUGCGGCCCGCCUGGCUGGUCGCUCGAUGUCUCAUGUGUUUCCGAGCGCUCACGCUGCCCAGCUGUCGGAGAACAGACAGCGGCAUCAAUACAAACUUUUGAAGCUGACUCUUACGGAGCCGUGAGCACUUUGGGGUGCCGCCGGGUACAUGCAAGUCGCGGCGCCUGAGUGACGGCAAGAGGCCGUGCAGGCCGCCGAACGCGCCGCUCGUCGGGCUGCAACUCCAUUAUGUUGACGAUCGUCUGCCCGCGAAGCGGGGGACACCGACUGCGCCUGUGCGGGUCUAGCAGAGCACGCACUGUGCUUACAGUACGUCGAUGCUGCCUUUCGGACGCAGUUACUUCUGCGUAUUUUGCAGCUUUUUGUCUUCAGCCAAUCAACAGAUAGCGGAGGCUCCACUGUAAGUGCCGGGUGCGAGCUACCAGCCCCCGGCCUGUAUUCAGAACUCGCCACCGGCGCGGCGGAGGGCAGGGUGCGGUCUCGUGUGAGGGCGCAGGCUCGGCGCCGAA